AUGCUAGCGAGCCGGCAUUCCACUGACAGACAGCAGCCCGAAUCAGGGCAGUACGAUGGUGGUGGAACAUGGCUUGAGCCCAGGAGGAACACUGACAGUGAGUGGUCGGCGGAGCAGCAGCUGGAGGAUGAGAGUGAGCAGUCGGUGGUGGCGGAGCAGCAGCAGGAGGAUGAGAGUGAGCAGUCGGUGUUGGCGGAGCAGCAGCAGGAGGAUGAGAGUGAGCAGUCAGUGGUGGUGGUGGAGCAGCAGCUGGGGGAUGAGAGUGAGCAGUCGGUGGUGGUGGAGCAGCAGCUGGAGGAUGAGAGUGAGCAGUCGGUGGUGGCAGAGCAGCAGCAGUCGGUGGUGGCGGAGCAGCAGCUGGUGGAUGAGAGUGAGCAGUCGGUGAUGGCGGAGCAGCAGCUGGAGGAUGAGAGAGUGGUGGUGGUGGUGGCGGAGCAGCAGCUGGGGGACGAGAGUGAGCAGUCGGUGGUGGUGGUGGUGGCGGAGCAGCAGCUGGGGGACGAGACUGAGCAGGAGUGGUGGUGGUGGUGGAGCAGCAGCUGGGGGACGAGAGUGAGCAGUCGGUGGUGGUGGUGGCGCAGCCAACCAGUCAGAGCGGUGGUGAAACACGGUCGGAACCGAGGGAGCAAGGCUGCGUCGGGGGACUUCAACGGAUAG